AGACAGAGAGUGGGUGGCUUGAUUUGAUAGCUCCGUCGUUGUCGCGUUCUCCAGUGAACACAAAGGCCCGGUUUCUCGGAGAGACCUUCUCUCCGCCUUGAUUUCUCCGCCUCUCGAGGGUUUUGGAGCAACGAUGAGCGCCAGCGGACAAAUGAUCUCGGUCAACCCCGAGGAGCUCACCUUCGAAUUUGAGCUUGAGAAGCCCUCUUAUUGCAAUCUCAAGGUCGUCAACAAUACUGAACAUCAUGUUGCUUUCAAGGUGAAAACUACUUCACCAAGGAAGUACUUUGUCCGGCCAAAUACUAGUGUGGUCCAACCUUGGGAUUCAUGUACCAUAACAGUUACACUGCAGGCACAAAAUGAAUAUCCACCUGACAUGCAAUGCAAAGAUAAGUUUCUCCUUCAGAGUACAAAAGUGGCCCCUGUUGCCGAUGUUGAUGAGCUACCUCCUGAGACGUUUAAUAAGGAGGGUGAUAAAGUGAUAGAAGAACUGAAGCUUAAAGUCAUUUACAAAGCUCUUGUGCAAUCAAGUGCUGGAAAUUUGGAUGAGUCAUCCAUGACAUCAGCCUCGAGGAACCUAAGACAAAGUUCUGAAAGCAUAUCGGCUCUGAAGAACUCAAACAUACAAGAAAUACAAGAAGUACAGCGCUUGAGAGCUGAAAGGGAUACCUCUAUGCAACGAAACCAGCAAUUACAGCGGGAACUGGAAACAUUGAAGAGACAUAGAGACCGGAAAGGUGAUGCAGGCUUUUCAUUGACUUUCGCGGCCUUAGCUGGCCUUGUUGGUCUGUUGCUGGGUAUGGUUCUGAAAUAUACAUUAUCUUCACCACCACCGGCAUAAAAACAGAAUGUUUAUGUAAUGUAGCUUUUGUUGUUGAUUAUUAAUGUUUUUGUUCUCCAUGGUAUCGAACCCCUGUAAUGCCUUUGUAUUAAUUUUUUUUUUCUAGGAUAUGCUUCUGAUUUUGGAUUGAAUGCUGUACUUUAUUUAACCGUUAUCUUUCUUGAGAAUGAACAAAAGGUGAACAUGCUUGAUGUA